AAGCCCAUACUCGUGGUAUGGCGGUCCACUGAUAACUAGCUGUUGUGGCAUUAAACCUGUAUACACUGACAAGGACAGGUAUUUCAGCGUCCGUGCCCAAGAUGAAGCCAUCGUAUUGGUUUGCUGUGCUUUUAGUUUACGCAUAUGCUGCGUGCGGCGAAGAGGUGGAAACUGAAGCACAACAAGAUGAAGCCAUUAGGCUAGGAUUAUACUUUGUUUAUGAUCAAGCAUUUGUGAAUCGCUCCCUCUUCAUAUUGAACGGAAGCUACAACGCCUACUUCGCUGCUCUGACGACAGCCGCCCAGGCGUUCUUCAAGCUACAUGAUGAUCCUAAAAUAUUUCUCACACUUGUCGGAUCUUCGAAACUUGAGGACGAAGCCAUGGUAACUGAAACCACUACGAAGGAUAAUAAGUUGAACGCAUCAGAGACUAUGGACAGACUGCGCACGAAAAUGACUUGGGAUGACACCUUGGACCCCAGUGUCGACGUGGUAUUUCUAGUGACAGGGUGCGUAAAAAACGAUGUCCACACGGCCUAA